UUCUUGUUGCGUCAUUGUCUAUAUCAGUGUUCAAGCCCUCGUGUUCCAGUUUUCUCACCCUCAAUGUAUGCAGCGUGAGUCAGCAUCCGAGCUCCCCAUCAGAAGCACCCAUAAUUCCAUCUGCUUGGUCCUCAUUCGUCAUCCCCCCUCCAUCACCUCUCCCGCCUUCCUCCCAUCCCUACAUCCAUCCAUGCUGCACAUGCUCAAAGGCAGUCAGACGGUGUUUACUUGAGGACAAGGCGGAUGGUUGUGAUGGGAGGAAGAGGAUAUUUACAAGUAUUGGCAAGGCUGAAGCAGAUAAAAGGCAGAGCCGAGGUGGCCUACACAGAGUCCCGUGUUUAGGAUGGCCGCUGACGCUGGCAGCAUUCCCAGCCCGGUGGUGCGCCAGAUUGACAAGCAGUUCUUGAUCUGCAGCAUCUGUCUGGAGCGAUACCACAACCCUAAAGUGCUGCCCUGUCUGCACACUUUUUGUGAGGGGUGCCUGCAAAACUACAUCCCGGUCCACAGCCUGACUCUGUCCUGCCCCGUGUGCCGCCAAACAUCCAUCUUGCCUGAGAAGGGUGUGGUGGCGCUUCAGAACAACUUCUUCAUCACCAACCUGAUGGACGUCCUGCAGCACUCACCGGGCCACCGCAGAGAAGGCGGCGGCCAAGAGGCGGCAGCGGUCCUUAAUGACAUGGGUGUGGUGGCUGCGGGGCAGCUGCUCUCUUGCCCCAUCCACGCAGGCAGCGUGAUGGAGUUCUAUUGUCCGCCAUGCGAGACAGCCAUGUGUCAAGAAUGCACUUGUGGAGAACAUGGCGAGCACCCUACUGUGCCGCUUAAAGAUGUCGUUGAGCAACACAAGGCUUCAUUGCAGGAGCAGAUGGAUGCAGUCAAGAGAAGGUUGCCCGAGAUUGACGGUGCCCUGCUGACUCUGUCGGAAAUCCUGCAGCGGCUGACUGGUCGCAAGAGUGCCAUCGAGGAGGACAUCCACGCUGCCUUCGACGAAUUGCAGAAGACCAUCAACGUACGCAAAAGCGUCCUGCUCAUGGAGCUGGAGGUCAACUUUGGCCUCAAGCAGAAGGUUUUGCAGGCACAGCUGGACAGUCUGCUACAGGGCCAGGACGGCAUCCGCAGCAGCUGCGACUUCGCCGAGCAGGCUCUAAACCAUGGCAGCGAGGCUGAGGUGCUGUUGGUCAAGAAGCAGAUGAGCGAGCGCCUGGCUGAGCUAGCGGCACAAAAGCUCCCCUUACGGCCUGGAGAGAAUGACCAGUUGGACUUCCGCCUAGAGACUGAGAGUGUGAAGAAGUCUAUUCACAACCUGGGAAGCGUGGUGACUACUAACGCCGUGGCGUCUGAGACUGUGGCCACUGGCGAGGGCUUGAGGCACUGUGUGGCGGGAGUGCCAACUUCCGUCACUGUCACUACUAAGGACAAAGAUGGCGGACUUUGCAAGAUGGGCAACGCUGUCCUUACGGCUGAAAUCUCGGCGGCUGAUGGCAGCAAAGGCGACGGCGAGAUCUUGGACAACAAGAAUGGCACCUACGAGUACCUGUUCACCGCCCCUAAAGAAGGCACCUUUACGUUGUCCCUACGCUUGUAUGAGGAGCAUAUUAAAGGCAGCCCCUUCAGGACCAAGGCCAGCAAAUCGGCAGACAAUUCGACAGCUUCCGACGGCGUUAAGAAGAGGCUCAAGUCGCCCGGCAGCAGCGGGCACAUCAAGCAGAGGGCCAUCAAGAGACCCGCCAGCAUGUACAGUACAGGACGCAGGAAAGAGAACCCUAUCGAAGACGACCUCAUAUUCAGAGUCGGCACUAAAGGGCGAAACAAAGGCGAGUUCACAAAUCUGCAGGGUGUGUCCACCACUGUGGGCAAAGUGCUCAUUGCAGACAGUAACAACCAAUGUGUGCAGAUUUUCUCCAACGAAGGCCUGUUCCGAAGUCGUUUCGGGGUCCGGGGCAGGACCCCCGGUCAACUGCAGCGACCUACAGGUGUUGCUGUCCACCCAAGCGGUGACAUCAUCAUCGCCGACUACGACAAUAAGUGGGUCAGCAUCUUUUCCAGUGAUGGCAAAUUUAAGAACAAGAUCGGCUCGGGUAAGCUGAUGGGUCCUAAGGGUGUGUCGGUGGACAGGAACGGUCACGUGAUUGUGGUGGACAACAAGGCCUGCUGCGUUUUCAUUUUCCAGCUCAAUGGCAAGAUAGUCACCAAGUUUGGUAACCGUGGUAACGGCGACAGGCAGUUUGCAGGGCCCCACUUCGCUGCUGUCAACAACAACAACGAAAUUAUCAUCACAGAUUUUCAUAACCACUCGGUCAAAGUGUUCAACACGGAAGGGGAGUUCCUGUUGAAGUUUGGCUCCAACGGCGAGGGUAACGGUCAGUUUAACGCUCCUACAGGGGUGGCCGUGGAUGUCAACGGAAACAUUAUCGUUGCGGACUGGGGCAACAGCCGGAUACAGGUGUUCGAUGGCAGCGGUUCCUUCCUGUCCUACAUCAACACGUCGGCCGACCCACUGUACGGCCCUCAAGGUCUGGCACUCACUUCUGACGGACAUGUGGUGGUUGCCGACUCGGGAAACCACUGCUUUAAAGUCUACCGCUACCUGCAGUAGCCCGCACAGUGCUACACAUUCUGAAGUCGAACUAUACAAACGCGCACAAGUAUGUACACUAAAAAGCAAAUUUUCCUUUAUCCACCUUUACCUGUUGUGUGCUGUUUGUGCCACUGGGACUUUGUUUUUGUGUCAUUUUAGGAGUCACUUCAAACCAACUUAGAUUUCACCACAGUUACAUUAGACACCAGUUACAAUUACCAAUGAAAUGGGGAAAAAAACAUGCUCGAGUCUUCCAAUUUUGCCUGAUGUUUUUAAAAAUGACUAAGAAUAAGUGUUAGUGCCACAAUACAAAGAAAAAAAAAACAUUUUUUUUCACAUUGCUCUUUGUACCAGUAUUGCAAAUACGGUCUUAAAAUAUUUCUCACCAGACUGCACUCAGUUUAUAACUGAAUAGUGUGGCGCGAAAUACAGUCCUGAGCGUAAGCAUGGCUUUAAUAAAUGUCAUGUCCAUGUUAUGUGUCACUAAUUUAAUACUAACCCACGUGCUACAUGUCACCAAGUGCAAUCUGCUUCUUUGUGACGCCUUACACUUUCAAAAAUAAGUAUUUUAGAACUACUAACAGAAGUGUAUCGUAGCAUGUAAAUAGGCGUCUACUUGGCUGCACAGAUGGUCAGAUUAUUAUUUUUACACAUUCCUGUUGAGUUAUUCCAACUUCUAUUCCUUGUUUAUAUUGUUUCCUUGUUUAUAUUUAUUUUUAUGUCAAAUGGAAUUAAAGUGCCCACUGGACCCAAAAAA